AUGCAGACUACUUCUACAAACAUCUACAGAAGCUCAAUAAGUCCAUUCAUAAAAUGUCCUUGCUACUAAAUAUUCCACGGUCAACUGUUUGUGGUAUUAUAACAAAGUGGAAACAACUGGGAACAACAGCAAAUCAGCCACAAAGUGGUAGGCUACGUAAAAUUACAGAGCGGGGUCAGCUCAUGCUGAAGCGCACAGUGCAUAAAAGUUGCCAACUGUCUGCAAAGUCAGUAGCUAAAGACCUCCAAACUUCAAGUGACCUUCAGAUUAGCAAAACAACAGUGCGUAGAGAGCUUCUUGGAAUGAGUUUCCAUGGCCAAGCAGCUGCAUCCAAG